GGGGCGGCGGGGCUUGCCCGCCUCUCCCCCCUUCCCAUCCCUUCCCUUCCCUCGCCUCUCCCCGGUGCCUAUAUAUAGCUGCCUCUGCCCGAGACAGCCGGGAGAGCGCUCUGUACCUGCAGGAGACAGAAAAGCCAAAAUAAGAGCGGAGCGCCGAGGAGUGACUCUCCGGAGCCAGCCCCGCCAGGAGGAGGAGGAAGAGGAGGAGGAGGACGGGGACGGGGACGGGCCCGGCGCCGCUGUCCGGUGCCGGGCGAGCCCCGCGGGGGCGACCCUCACCCCCUCGCCCCCUGCCCGCCUCCCGGGGGCCCUGCGCGGCGGCGCGGGGCUCGCAUGGCUCGGGCGCUGCCGGGGCCCGGCGCGGAGCCCGACCCCGGCCCCGGCGGCUCGGGGGGGCGCGUGGGGAGGAGAGCUCCCUGCGGGCGGCGGCGGCGGCACUAGCCGGGGGGGGGGGCAAGGCGGCUGAGCCCUCCCCCUGUGCGCCGGGGUGCGCUCCCCGGCAUGUGCUGAAGUGCCCCGCAGAAGCCGCACAAGUUGCAGGAGCGGCUCCGGCGGCCGGACGGCGGCGAGAGACCGCGGCCGCCCCCUACUCCCGCUGCCGAUCCCGUCCCGUCCCCCCCCACCCCCGUCCGGGGGUCGCUCCCCGGCGGGGCUGCCGGCGGCGAGGGUGAUGCGGCUCCUCGGGGAAGGGGUGAGGGAGUGAGCGAGAGGCGGUGCGCCCCCCCACUCCGGGCCAAGGACCCCCCCCCGCCCCGGGCCGAGGGCCCCCCCCCCACCUCGGAGCCUCUCAUGCCUUCGGGGCCCCCUCGGGGGGCGGCGGCCCCGCGGGAGGCGGGGGCGGCGCUGCCGUGAUGGCCCUGGAGGAGAAGCGGGAGAAGCGGCCGCCCGUCACCCCCAUGAUGAUCGAGGAGGAGGCCGCCCUGCGGAACGGCAGCCGGGGGCUGCCGCCGGGCCCCUGGGCCGAGGCGGCGGGGCCGAGACCCCGCACGACGGAGCGGCACAUCGCCGUGCACAAGCGCCUGGUGCUGGGCUUCGCCGUCUCCAUCCUGGCGCUGCUGGCCGUGACCAUGGUGGCCGUGCUGCUCAGCGUCCGCUUCGAGGAGUGCGGCGCCGCCGCCGACGGCCCGCCGCGGGUCGGCGGCAACGGGAGCCUGCCCGGGGGAGCCCGCCCGCCGCCCCGAGCCGGGCAGUCCCCCGGCCGGCCCGAGCCCGAGGAGCAGGCGCGGGGCGGGGAGGCGACGGCGGCGGCGGCGGCGGAGGAGGAGGAGGAGGAAGAGGAGGAGGAGGAGUGGCAGCGGCGGCGGCUGCUGCCUCCCUGGGCCCGGCCGCGGCUGCCGCGGCACCUGCGGCCGCUGCACUACAACCUGAUGCUGAGCGCCUUCAUGGAGAACUUCACCUUCUGCGGGGAGGUGAACGUGCAGCUGGAGGUGCGCAACGCCAGCCGUUACAUCGUGCUGCACGCCCACCGCAUGCACAUCGAGGCGGUCCGCGUGGCCGAGGACAAGCUGGCCGGCGCCGUGCGGGUGGCCCGCUCCUUCCUCUACCCCCAGACCCAGGUCCUCGUCGUGGUCCUCAACCGCAGCCUGGAGGUGCAGCGGAGUUACAACCUCAAGAUCAUCUACAACGCCCUCAUCGAGAACGAGCUGCUCGGCUUCUUCCGCAGCUCCUACGUCCUGCACGGCGAGAGGAGGUUUCUUGGUGUUACGCAGUUUUCUCCUACUCAUGCCAGAAAAGCCUUUCCUUGCUUCGAUGAGCCCAUCUACAAGGCCACUUUCAAAAUCAGCAUCAGGCAUCAAGCAACUUAUAUAUCUUUGUCCAACAUGCCAGUUGAAACUUCUGUUUUUGAAGAAGAUGGAUGGGUUACAGAUCACUUUUCACAGACCCCUCUCAUGUCUACGUAUUACCUAGCCUGGGCAGUGUGCAAUUUUACAUACCGGGAAACUGUCACCAAGAGUGGAGUAGUUGUACGAUUGUAUGCAAGGCCUGAUGCAAUCCGAAGAGGAUCAGGGGACUAUGCUCUAAAUAUUACAAGAAGAUUAAUUGAAUUCUAUGAAGAUUAUUUUAAAGUGCCCUAUUCCCUGCCAAAAUUAGAUCUGUUAGCUGUGCCUAAACAUCCAUAUGCUGCUAUGGAGAACUGGGGACUGAGUGUUUUUGUGGAACAAAGGAUACUGCUAGAUCCAAGCAUUUCUUCUAUAUCAUACCUGCUGGAUGUCACCAUGGUCAUUGUACACGAGCUAUGUCAUCAGUGGUUUGGUGACCUUGUGACUCCAGUUUGGUGGGAGGAUGUGUGGUUGAAAGAGGGUUUUGCUCACUAUUUUGAAUUUGUCGGCACAGACUACCUCUACCCAGGAUGGAACAUGGAAAAGCAGAGAUUUCUGACAGAUGUCCUACAUGAAGUGAUGUUGCUGGAUGGUUUGGCCAGUUCACAUCCAGUAUCCCAGGAGGUGCAGCAAGCCACAGACAUUGACAGGGUGUUUGACUGGAUUGCAUAUAAAAAGGGUGCAGCUUUAAUUCGAAUGUUGGCUAAUUUUAUGGGUCACUCUGUGUUUCAAAUGGGUUUACAAGACUAUUUAACCAUUCACAAGUAUGGCAAUGCAGCCAGAAAUGAUCUCUGGAACACAUUGUCAAAGGCUUUAAAAAGGGUUGGAAAAUCUGUAAAUAUCCAAGAAGUAAUGGAUCAGUGGACACUACAGAUGGGUUAUCCUGUUAUCACUAUCUUGGGAAAUGAAACUACAGAGAAUGUCAUAGUAAUCUCCCAAGAGCGUUUUGUUUACGAUAGUGAUGCUAAAACCAAGGAUCCUGACUUUGGAGACAACAGCUACUUGUGGCAGAUUCCAUUAACAAUUGCAGUAGGAAAUACGAGCCACAUCUCAUCAGAGGCAAUUAUAUGGGUGUCUAACAAAUCAGAACACCACAGAAUUCCUGCUUUGGAAGAGGCAAGUUGGUUGCUGGGGAACAUAAACCAGACUGGCUACUUUAGAGUUAAUUAUGAUGUUAGGAAUUGGAGGCUGUUAAUUAAUCAACUAACAAGGAACCAUGAGGUUAUCUCUGUCAGUAAUCGAGCAGGCUUGAUCGAUGAUGCAUUCAAUCUAGCCAGAGCUGGUUAUUUGCCACAGAAUAUUCCUUUGGAGAUUAUCAGAUACCUUUCAGAGGAGAAGGAUUUUCUGCCUUGGCAUGCUGCCAGCCGAGCUCUUUAUCCUCUAGAUAAAUUACUGGACCGCACAGAAAGCUACAGUAUCUUCAAUGAGUAUAUUUUAAGACAAGUUGCAUCAAUGUAUCUCAAGCUUGGAUGGCCAACGAAUAAUUUAAACAAAUCGCUUGUUCAAGCAUCCUACCAACAUGAAGAGUUGCGUCGGGAAGUCAUCAUGUUGGCCUGCAGCUUUGGUAACAAACAUUGUCACCAGCAGGCUGCAACGUUAAUCUCUGAUUGGAUUUCUAGCAAUAGAAACCGAAUCCCACUUAAUGUGAGAGACAUUGUCUACUGUACAGGAGUUUCACUGAUGGAUGAAGAUGUAUGGGAGUUCAUUUGGAUGAAAUUUCAUUCUACCAUAGCAGUGUCUGAGAAAAAAAUAUUAUUAGAAGCCUUAACUUGCAGUGAUGACCGAAAUUUGCUCAAUAGGCUUUUGAAUUUGUCUCUCAACUCAGAAGUUGUCCUGGAUCAGGAUGCAAUUGAUGUGAUAAUCCACGUAGCUCGAAAUCCACAUGGAAGGGAUCUUGCUUGGAAAUUUUUCAGAGAAAAAUGGAAAAUAUUAAAUGCCAGGUAUGGAGAAGCAUUAUUUAUGAAUUCGAAGCUUAUCAGUGGGGUCACAGAAUUCCUUAAUACCGAAGAAGAACUAAGAGAGCUAAAGAACUUUAUAAAGAGUUACGAAGAGGGUUCUGCUGCCUCUUUCUCUCGUGCUGUGGAAACAGUGGAAGCCAACGUACGGUGGCAAAGGCUUUAUAAGGAAGAACUAUUCCAGUGGCUAAGAAAAUCCUUGACACACUAAUCUGUCUUUCCAACUGAACUUUUAACCUGAAGCACUGCAAAAGGAAAAUAAAUUUUAGAAGUGUUCAACAUUAAAAUCAUGAAGACAAUAUCAGAUUCCAGGGAGAAGUUUUCUUUUUCCUUCUUCUUAAUUGUGUUUUGUUUGUUGGUUGGUUGGUUUUUGUUUUGUUUUGUUUUUUACACUGGGUUCUUGUGAAAUUGUCAAGAAGAUUUUCAGAAGAGAAGGUCAUGAAUGCUUGUGAAAUCCAGUCCUCAGUGUACACAACCAAACAUGAUAUUAAGUGGUGCAUGUAAAUGGUGAAGAAAAACUAACAAACAAAAAAAAAAAACUUCAAAGACUAUUUUGUGCAUGCUUGUAUUGUCCCUGCCUGUAUUCUAGCAUGCUUAUGUAUAACAGCCACAUUUUGUAUGUGAAUUCCAGUUACAUCAACAAUGGGCAUUAUACAAAGCACAAAGACUAUCUAUGACAAUCAGUGUUGCAACGAACAAAAGGAAGGGAAGGAAAAGGAAAUGCAGAAGGCUUUCAACUUUGGGCAGUAUGAGAUAUAAAAUUGUCUUUCCCAUUAGCUGCCAAUUAGUCCACAACUGAGAUUGUCUUUUAAUGAUUACAAGGAUGCCAGCUCAUUUUUUGAGUUGCCAGUUGUCAUGUAUGUAGCUGCAGUCUCCAUAUUCCUAUAUUUAAAUUAACAUUAUGUGGGGGGAGAGAUUGAAAAUGAGAAUAAGAAAGGACAUCAUUGAUGCACUAUAAUUACAUAAAUUUAUUCACUGCUGAUCAGUGAAACUGUGUAGUUUUAGCUGUGAACAUAUACAGUGUUUAUGAGGAGAACUUUGCAUUGAUUUUAUGGAAUCCAUGAACCACCUCUUCUGAGCAAUUUUACAAGGCAAUGGUAUUCAUCAUCGGUCACCCAACCUGUGCAGUAAUGACCUAUGCAGCUGAUAAUGCACAAAUAUUAUAAACAAACAAAGGAUUCAAGUGGAAAUUAGCAAAAGGGAAGCAUGUCUUGCAUUCAAAGACAAAAUUAAUCAAGAGCUGUCUUGAAUCUGGUAUACCAGCUGCAGUAGUGUUUUAUUAUAAUAGACAAAUCAGAUUCUCCAUGUGGGCAAUAUUUUGCAAAUAUGGGAUAUACGUUUUACACCAACUUAGAAAAGUGAAAUAUGGAGAAAGAUGUGUGUGUGUGAAUUUAUUUGUACUGGCUAACACUGUGAACAUUGUUUUUCUCUUUCCUUGUAUUUCAUAUAGACUGCUCUAGAUGAGUGAUGCUUUUCUUAAUCAUAUGCUUGUUUCUUUUUUUUUUUCUUCAGUCAUUAAUCUGUGAGAUCAGUUAUGCAGUGAAAUUGUUAGUUGUACAAAGACCACCUGCACCAUUGGUGCUAUGCAAAAAGGAUAAAACUGAUGCAUCUUAGGUCAAGUACUCUCCAAUGUCUGCACCAUGAAGGGAGGAAAAAAAAAAAAAAAAAAAAAGGCAACAAAGCUAUAGAGAGUUUACAGGAGGCAGGUUGCAGCAGCUUCAGAGUGUGAUUGUAGAUGUACAACAGUGUUUCUUUAUCCCAGCCCUUCACAACCAUCUGACCACAUCAUUGCUUGGGAACAUGUGGCCAGCCUAAUUAGAGAAAAGGCAUUGUAUCUGGUUGUUUCCUACACAGGGCAGGGAAAUUACCAAAAUGCUUUGCAGUAGCAGGUGCUUAUCCCCAGUAGUUGUUUUUGAAUUGUAAUGUUAGUACAAAAAGAACCCAAACCCAGCAUCUUCAGGCAUUAUCAGAGUUGUGUGGAGACAGUAUUGCUUUCUGCGCUGUCAUUCCCUUGGCACUCUGAUCCUCAAGAACUGGUAGAAACAUCCCAUAAUUAAGCUGCCCUACCGUUAUCAUGGGCUAAAGCACCCAUCUUGAGCCUCUUAUUUUGUGUCCUUUACUGCAGAGAGGAUGCUGUUUGUGGAUGAAAUGCAUAUGUGGUCAUUUGCUUCACCAUGUUAGCUUGACCACAUUUAACUAAAAGAAGAGGGAAUCCUGUGCUCUUGCACAGUUAACUCUUUGCCUUAUAGUAAGCCCUAAAGCUCUGUGAUGUGUUGCAGUGCCAGUGAACCUAAUGCCCAGAGAUGUUAUGAUGUCCAUGUUGAAUGAAAUCCUCCUUUUCCUAUGUGUUUUACUUACCUCACAGGGGUGUUGUGAGGCUUGACUAAUGUUAGCAAAGUGCUUGAAUAUCCUCUGAUGAAAGGUAUUUAAGACUGCAAAGUAUUAUUUUAUGUGGUUGACCAAACUCAACCUCAAUGCCAAUAUAUAGUGUAACAUUUUUAAAUUCUACGGAAUGAAAUCAUAUGCAUAUUUGUUAUACUAAAAAAGCAAGCCAAAUGGAGCCUCUUUAAUAUAGCCUUUACCCUGUAAUGAAGCCCAAAAUGAUAAUAUCCAAAGAGUGCAAUGAAAGCCAAGCCCUCAAACAUAAAUUGCUUUGGGGAUUUCAGAGAAAAGAAGUGUGCAUAAUGGUCUGUCUAUUUCAUAUUCUAUUCAAGAUUGUCUUUGAUUACUUUUGUUUUUCAUCACCACAGAUUAAACCACAUACCUCCAGGCUGCACAUAGAAGUUUCUGGUCUUUCCACUGAUAAAGGGUAGACUAAGAAUAUGUUCCAAAGUCAGAAAUUUAAUUCAGCCCGUGUAUUCUGCACAGUGCACAGAAUUUUCCACUGUUGCUCAUUAAAAUUGAAGUUUCUUGCACAUUUAACUGAUGUUCGAUGUAAAUUAAUAAUUUAGUGGCCUUGAGCAACUGGUCUACCACAAAUAUCAAGCCCUACAUGUAUCUACAUACUUACUAAUGUAUUGCUUAUAAUUGUUGUAUUUUAGUAACGUUGGUAGUACUGCUAUAAUUAAGGUUGAAUUAGCCUUUCCAUUAUAAUUCCUUAUUAUUUUUUAUAUUUUGUAUUUUGCUGUAUCAUACUGAAUUGGGAUUAAAUUUAAAUGAACAAAAUCCAACAAAACUACAGCUGUUUUCUAAAAUACUCUAUCCCCUUGCAUUUAAUUAUAUGUCUUCAGAAACUUUUUUAUAAGAACUUCCACACAGCUAUGUGUGAAAGAAUAGUUGAUACCUCAUGGAAAACUCUAAUACAGUCUGCUUAGAAAAAUCUAUUAAUCUUAUUGAUUUUUCUUUCUCCUUUACUGGUCCUUUUCUUCCUUUGUUCCUAUCUAAAGAUUGGCCGCCUUUUUUAUAAUUUGGAUUGUGAUUAGGAAGCCAAAUACCCCAAACUUCUCAGGAUUUUCAAAUCCAGUAUUUAAAUUUGUUCUUUUUAUUUAGUGAGAGGAGAUGCUGCAAAAUAUGGAGACUGUGUGGAUGUGGCCCUCACCCAAGCCUGGGAGUCAUUUUAUAGAGAUUUCAUGGGCCCUGUGUCUGAUUAGCCUUUGUAUGACUCAGGAUCCUUUGCAGUUAUUAAUUUUUAUGGCUUACUAAAUCAUAUAGGGAGACAUAUGAAUAGGCACACUUUUAUGCUGGCAUAACAAUAGGGCAACCUAUUGUAUUUUUAUAACAUUGCUCACUACAAAAAUUCUCAGCCUAUUACUUUGUAGAAGUGCUUGGUAGAAUUAUUCUUAUAUCCAUCGCUGACAGCUAUUAAAAUGAUAGUAGCUACUAAUUGAGACUAGAACAGAACAAUAUGGAAGCUUGCUUCUGAAAUUAAAUGUCACUUCUGCUAUUAUGGAGAGUACUUGAACAUUAAUUUUGACUAAUUUAGAUGAAAAAACUUCAGAUGUCAUUAAGUACAUACAUAUUUGUGACCUUUGAUGAUCUUUUCAGUGAAUAUAGCAAGAAUUCCAAUACUAUGAUGGACACUGCACAUGAAUUUUGUGUAGCUUUUGGGCUGUUUUAGAUAUUUCACUGAGCUUUAGUAUGUCAAAGAAACUAUCUGCACUGAUGCAGAAAGGAGCUUUCACAGCAAGGAUCCUGAACCAUACAACUAAAACCUUAAUAGUAAAGAAUAAAAGAAAGAAAAUAUUGUAUGUAUAUAUGUGUGUGUUUGUAUGUGAAAAAUCCUGUGUAGAGAGCAUUUUCCCAUAACAUGUCAGUAAGUCUGAUUAUGUGCAUAGAAUACAGUGAAGCAAAUAUUUGCAGACGAGGGUGCCUUUGUUUAAGUAUCUGUGAGGUUUUGGUUUUCCACAUGAUCAUAGCCAAUACUGCAGUCAGUGAAAAUAGACUUUGAGUCAAAUGAGGAGCUUUCUCUUUGAUGAAAAGCAAUGUGGCUUUGAAAAUAGUUUAUGUAUGUAAUCAAUUUACCUGCACUUCUGUGGGGAGUAUGCAGAAUAUCAGGCUGCCUGUCCUAAAGCAGGGUUUAUAGCCACAGUGUCAGUAUGAGCGCAAAGGAAUAAAAUGACUGUCCUGCUGCUGUGCAGCCUAAAUACAGGCUGAAUACGAGCUGAAUACAGGCUGUUCCCCAGACUUAGAUGGAGUAGUCCAAAAUCUGCUGGCUGUGUCAUCCACUGCUACCACCAACCCACCUGGGUCAGGAAGGCAGCUGGGAACCUCUGAAGUGCAGAGAGGCCCCAUUCAAGUUUCUCUUGAUGAGUAAUGAGGGGCAGAAGGUCUCUUUGCUGCCUAAGGGUUGUGGAUGAUUUUGAGAGAUUAGUAUCAUUGCCUUGAGCAAUCCUGGCAGCAGGUCCAGCUUGCGAGCCUGCAUUGCACAGAAAAAUCUAAAUCCCUGCACUGUGGUCAUCCCAACAGGAAAAUGUUGACUAAAAUCUUUGUAAAGGUCUUGAAUACUGUCAGUUGUUCAGAAGUCAUUUCAAACAGUCAAAAGAUGUGUUCAGUUUUUAAGUUUGCAUAAGAACAUUGACAAUCUUUAUGAUACUUUUGCUAAUGUUGAGAAUGUGCCAUGAGUUUCACAGACCUUUUUCUAACAAAGGAUUUGGAAGGAUGUCACUACAAAUCACUGUGGUGAUAAUAGCAGUAAUAACUUUACUGUACUACUACCA